CGGAAGUUAAAUCCCGACCUGUAAACACACAUGUGGAUUGUAGUGGACCGGUCCUUGCGAGUUGCUAAUUAUGGAUCAGACACAGAACAAUAUUAAGAAAGCAUCUUCUAAAGAUUUGUUGACAUGUGGUGGCGGAAAAGGAAUCCAUGAAAAACUUCUGUUGACAUCGAAAAGUGGUCAUACGCAGACGAAAAGGGUGCCCAGAAGUAAUGUUUUAGACAGACUACAAAAUUUCAUACCCCAACUUGCCAAGGCCAAUGAGACAUUAAAACAGCAGAUUGAAGAUGCUCCAGCUGGUUUCUUUGACAUUGAAAGUGUGGAUGAUACAGAAAAAGUCAUUGAAAUGGAUGUGGCUCUAGUUGAGCUGGAGGACAGUAGUGAAGAGGAGGAUGAAUCAUCAUCAUCAUCAUCGUCGUCAUCAUCUGAGGAAGGCAGCUCAGAGGAGGAAGAUGUUGUUACUGCAAUAAAGCUUAAACUUCCAGGAGAGCAAAAGCGAAAAGCCAACAUCCAGGAGCUGGAGAAGGAGGGAGAAUGA